GACUACAUAAGGUGUCAAGGAGAGCUAGAAAGUCUUCAGGUUUUUCAUUUGUUGUAGGUCUAUAGACUAAGAUAAUUCUAAAUUUUUGGUAUGUUGGGAAGUAGAUGUCAAUUGCUAUUAAAUCGGAGUUUUUUAUUUUGGGGGUUUUGACAACGGAAAACGGAAUUACGUUAUCGAUUAAAAUACAUACUCCUCCACCUUUAGAACCUCUAUCACAUCUUGCUAUAGUGUAUGGAGUGUCGUGGAGUAUUUGGGAGUUAUCGAUUUUUGAGUUCAACCACGAUUCGGUAAUGAGAAUAAUUUUAAAAGCUUUGGAAACUAAAAGUAACCUAAGAGAUUCGAUCUUAUUAACUAAGCUCCUACUAUUGAAAUAUAAACAAUUAUAAAAAUAAGUAAAAACAAAAUUUUUUAAAUUUUUAAAAACCUUCAGAGGACGACCAUUUACUUGUUUUUUGAACGUUCAGUAACAUUUGAGUUUUGGUUCUGCUUCUUAAACUCAUCACGUUUUCUUGCACGUUCCAUUCUGUCCGCUUCCAACUGUUCUUUUGUUAGACUAG